CCCUGUUGUGGUUGUGCUGCGAUUACAACAUCGCCGUCCUGUUGCUGCUCCUCAGAUGUGAUCUCACCAAUGUCUCACUGCCUGCUUCAGAGGAGCACUGACUUGAGGAGACGAUACACGUAACACACCUGUUGAUCUUCUAUAACCCUGUCAUCUCAACACCAGCACUGGAGUGAUGGAGGAUCUGAGGCAGAAGAUGGGGGUCAUGUCACACACAAAAUACCCAAGUACACAAGCUCCAUCUGACCAGGACUUGAAGGCCCAGAAUAAUGAGAAAGAAGAGAAAAUGCAGUUGAAGAGAGAAAUCUCCCUUUUGAACGGGAUCUGCCUGAUUGUCGGGAACAUGAUCGGCUCUGGGAUCUUUGUCUCGCCGAAGGGUGUCCUCAUGCACAGCUCCUCUUACGGGCUGUCUUUGGUGAUUUGGGCUGUUGCAGGCAUCUUCUCCGUGUUUGGGGCGUUGUGCUACGCAGAGCUCGGCACCACCAUCCCCAAGUCUGGAGCCAGCUACGCCUACAUCCUCGAGUCAUUCGGAGGCUUCCUUGCUUUUAUCCGUCUGUGGACGUCCAUCCUGCUGAUUGAGCCGGCCAGCCAGGCUGUGAUUUCUUUGACCUUCGCCAACUACCUGGUGAAAGCUUUCUACCCCACCUGCCAUCCGCCAUACGAUGCUAUCCGGCUUCUCGCUGCAGCCUGCCUCUGUAUGCUCAUCUUCAUCAACUGUGCCUGCGUGAAGUGGGGGACGCUGGUUCAGGACAUUUUCACCUUCGCCAAACUCAUGUCCCUCUGCCUCAUCAUCACUGUGGGACUAAUGCAAAUAGCAACUGGAGAAACAAAGAGCUUUGACCGGCCCUUUGAGGGCUCCUCCACAGAGCCCGGAGCCAUUGCUCUGGCCCUCUACUCGGCUCUGUUCUCCUACUCCGGCUGGGAUACACUCAACUUUGUGACUGAGGAGAUUCAGAAUCCACAGAGGAAUCUGCCCCUGGCCAUUGCCAUUUCCAUGCCUAUCGUGACCAUCAUCUACCUGCUGACCAACGUGGCGUACUAUGUGGUGCUGGACAUGUCCUCUCUGCUGGCCAGUGAUGCCGUUGCUGUGACCUUUGGGAAUGCGACCCUCGGGCCGUUCAAGUGGAUCAUCCCUGUUUCGGUGGCCAUGUCCUGCUACGGGGGACUCAAUGCGUCCGUCAUUGCUGCCUCACGGUUGUUUUUCGUCGGCGCCAGAGAGGGCCACCUCCCCAACAGUCUGAGUCUGAUUCACCUGCAGCGCUACACACCCAUACCUGCACUGCUGUUCAAUGGGUUAAUGGGUCUGAUCUUCCUGUGCGUAGAGGACGUGUUCCAGCUCAUCAACUACUUCAGCUUCAGUUACUGGCUCUAUGUGGGUCUGUCCGUGGCCGGCCUCAUCUACCUGCGCAUCACUCAGCCAGACCGACACCGGCCUGUGAAGUUGACUUUGUUCUUCCCCUUCGUCUACUGUCUGUGUAGCCUGUUCUUAGUGAUCGUUCCUCUGUACGGAGACACCAUCAACUCUCUCAUCGGAAUUGGCAUCGCACUGUCUGGGGUGCCCGUCUACUAUGUGGCCAUUUACCUGCCUGAGGAGAGGAGACCCAAAUGCAUACGCAAGUUAAACGACGUCGUCACCAGGUCGGCCCAGAUGCUGCUCUACUGCUGUCUGGCUGAAUUUGACACUGAGGCCGACGCACAAGCAGCUGGUAAAACGCAGUGAGCUGCAGACAGUCCGUCGCUCAUCAGCCGGGUCUCUACCAGAGGCCUCCGUCUGGUCCACGUGUCGACGUCCCAAGCUCUCACGAACGCAGGAAGGCAAGGCGUCGCGUGGACUUGGUGACGUGGUGCAGGAUCGCAACGUUUGUGAGGAUUACUCCUCUGAGGUCCAGUUACAAAGAAGUCCUGACAUCUCAGAUGACUCACCACGAAGGAGCAGGCGCUGAAGAAACUGCUGACUUUUGCUUUCUUGUGGAAAUGAGAUACAUUUUUCUACGGCGAUCAAGGAAUAUCUUCGAUGUGGAUCUCAUCAAACUAUGGAAUGAAUAUGCUCACUUUUUGGGGAUUGUGUGAAGAUGUAAACCAAUUAAUUUGUGCCUGGCAUUGUUGAAAACAAAUCCAUCGAAUAAUAACUGUGUGGUUGGAAUUUAAUCAAUCAGUCCGGAGAAAUCUUUAUUUUGUGUUUGAAUAACUGCAAAUGGAAACACCAUCAAAUGUUAACCAAUAUUCUGGGAUUGGUUCCUAUGAAACAAUUUUCUUGGAAAUAUGUAAUUCAGCAUGAAAAAUGACUUUUAAAAAAACACAACUGACAUAAGUAAUUUUUUUGACUGCAUAUAUUUUAAUGCAUACUUUUAUUAAAUUAUGUGAAGUACCAUUUUCUAAAAGCCAAUGUUCACAUUCACACAGAAAUGUAUUUUCUUUACAAGUUUGCAAUAACAAUGAUGUAUUCUUAGUCAACCAGAUUGAAAGACAAAUUAAAAGUGAGAUGCUGGUGUAGUGUAAAUACAGGGAACUGAACUAAAUCAUCACAUCUAUCACACGUUCAUCUUAUUAUUGAGUUGUACUUUGUUUCAAACAGAAGCUCACAAAAAGCUGUAUUUUUGUUCCGAUUCAAUUCAUUUAUUUUAAAUUCAUCAUCGUUCAUAAAAUAUUGAAACAUUG